AUGUUCAAACUUGAGUUACCAAAAACCAUCCGCAUACUGAUAGCACUGUACUAUCACUUGGGAAUAUGGAGCGAUCAAAGUACUUAUCGCGAACGGUCUAGACGUUACUUUCUUUUUAUUUUUGCUCUAGCAUAUCUUUCAGCAGUCGCCCUACGAGCCAAAGUCACUAGCGAUCCGGACGAGCGUAUAUUUUUAGUAGUUGUGUCAGUUCAAUUUGCUGUACAAGGUUAUAGAUUUUGGUUGAUUCUUUGGCGAAAAAAUGAAAUUCUUUCGGUAUUACAUCAAUUCGGAACACGUUACACCGAUGAACAAAGUGAAUUUUAUAAGACGAGAAAUUUGUUAGUUCUUGACGAGUUUGGAACUCAUUUCGGGACUUUGUUUUUGUUGCAAGUUGGAACUGGUAGCGUUUGCAUAUGCGGUGCAGUGUAUACACUAGCAUUCAGUUCACACGAAGAUCUUAUAAUUGAUGCAAUCAAUUGUAUUGUUUUGUUGUACAGCCUUUUUGACAUAUUUAUGGUCAUGUACUUGGCAAACGAAAUUAAGUUGUCCAGUGACGAUUUGUCGCGUUGCUUGUACAAUUCCAAUUGGAUCGAACAGACACAAUCUUGUAAGAGGUGCGUCAUUAUUUUAGGGGAACGUUUUAAACAGCCGCAAGAGCUUGUAGUUGGUAAAAUUUACCCACUGAAUCUGCUUACAUUUACAUCGAUCAUCAACGGUGCUUACAGCAUGUUCAACAUUCUACAAAAUCUACGAGAGUAG